AUGUCUACAUCAAAUUCGAUUGAUCCAAAUGCGAUUUCUGUUUCCAGUCCAUAUUAUCUUGGAUCUUUUGACACUCUGAGUUCAAUUCUUGUUUCCAAUCUCUUUAAUAGCGUUGGAUUCAAUGCUGGGAAACGUGCUAUGACAAUUGCUCUCUCUGCAAAACACAAAUUAGGUUUUGUUGAUGGCACGAUUGUUCAACCAGAUACAUCUUCUCCUAACUACUCCAGUUGGUAUCGUACCAAUUCCAUGGUCAUCAGCUGGUUAUUGAAUUCUCUUCACAAGAACAUUGCUGAUAGCGUUCUUUUUCUCCCAACUGCAACUCAAAUCUGGAACGAACUGAAUCAGCGUUAUGAACAAUCUAAUGGAGCUCUCAUUUACCAAAUUCAACAAAAACCCUAUUCAAUUUCACAAGGAUCAGAUGAGUUUUCUACUUAUUACACUAAAUUCAUGAAAAUCUGGGAUUGA